GGAGGAGGAGGGAGGAGACUGCAGCGCCGGACCGGGGUGAGAAGCGCUGGGAACUCCAGGCAAGAGCAGGAACUGCAACCAGCAGCUACCCUUGGUUUUUCUCUCUAAUUCUGGCCGGCUCGUCCCAAGGUGAAUUAAAAGGCGAAUUAAAGAGGUGUUCUUGGACUAUGGAGAAUGUUUUAGACAUCUCUGCAAGGGAAGAGGGCGAAGACUCUGGGUCACAGCGGAACAGAGUGUUGACUGAAGAAGAAUGGCUGACGAAGUGGGAGCUGAGAAACAUAGGAUUUCAUAAUGGACAAGGACAUCCAUGUCUAAAGAAGUAUUUGGAUAUUUUUCUCAAUGGCAGAAAUGGACUGAGGAUAUUUUUCCCACUUUGUGGCAAAGCUGUUGAGAUGAAAUGGUUAGCUGACAUGGGGCACCAUAUCAUUGGCGUAGAAAUCAGCGAAAUUGCUGUGAAAGAAUUUUUCACAGAACAAAAUCUAUCCUAUUCUGAAGAAACAGUUCCUGAGAUCCCUGGAGCUAAAUUAUUUAAGAGCUCAUCUGGGAAUAUUUCUUUGUACUGUUGCAGUUUUUAUGACUUGACGAGCACAGUUGCUGGCAAAUUUGAUGCAGUUUGGGACAGGGGGUCUUUCGUAGCUAUUAACCCUUGUGACAGAGAACGAUAUGCCAAUUUGAUGUUAUCACUAAUGAACGUGGGGUGUUGCUGUCUUCUCGUUACUGUGUCAUAUGAUCCAAACAAACAUAAAGGUCCGCCAUUCUAUGUUCCUGAUUCAGAAGUUAAAAAGUUCUUUGGUGAGUCAGUUCAAAUUAAGCUUUUAAUUUCUACCAAAAUGAAUUUGAUCGACCAAAACUAGUUCCCUCCCUUAGAAGACUUUACAAAUAAAUAAACCCAUGCUAACUAUGGGGAAAGCUUAAUGGGGAAAUUUCAAAAGCCUCUGUGGGGGCAUGACAAUACUUAUUUUUCAUAUUUGAAAAAUGUUUGCUUCCAUAUGUCUGCAAGCUUUAAAGCAAAUUAUUUGUUAAUAAUGGCAGUUGUGUGUUAUGCCUAAACUCUACCAAUGUAAUUUCUUAAAGGACUGAAAAUGCCCUGGUAGACUAAAUCCCUGAAAAAUUGAGAGUAACCUUUUACUUACUUUAGAACUGUAAUGUGACA